ACGGGCGACACGGGGGGAUGCCAGGGGCGACACGGGCGGCACGGGCGUUGCCCGCGGCGAUCGCUGUGAUCCGGACGCCGGCGCCCGUCGCUCCUGGUGCUAGGCAAGUCGGAGGGAGAUUCUGGGCUCUCGCCGAAUCUGAUGAAGAGGAGGACGACGAUGGAGAUGGCUCCGGCAUCACGUCCGAUGGUUACUCGCCGACGACUUCGGACGUGAUUUGUGAAGCUUUCAACCCUAGGUAUUCGGAGGAGGAAGUGGCUACAAUCGUCGAGGGAGUCGUGCCGAUUGACGAUCCGGCGCGGCAAGGUCUUCGUCCGGAGGAAAACGUGGAGGUGGUUCACCGGAUUGUUCAUCGGAGGACGGCGACUUCCGCGAUCCGGCCGUGGAAAGGUCCCUUACCUAAGGUUAUUUUCCGAACUACGGCAGUGAUCCGUUCGUGGUCGCUACUCACUCCGAUGGAGGCUAGGGAGCAUUUGGUUUCUGGGUCUAUCCAUUAGGAGAUGGUAGCUCGGCAUAUCUUCAACCGGUUUGGAUGGCGGUCAUGUAAUAGGAUAGGCAAUUAGUUUACCUACCUUUUUUAGCCAGCCGGUUGUGGCAUUUUUUCCUCGCUAGUUUGUGUAUCUAGCCUUUUGCGCUCUGUGUGAGCUGCUUUUUCUUUCUUUAAGUUUGAGACUUUGGAACUUUAUUGAGACAAUUUGUUUCUUGGUUAAUAAGAUGGCCGUAUGCAUCACUCUUGAUGCAGAGG